AGCCCGGAGCGUGCACGCACCGAGACGCCUUGCGGGAGCGAGCGCGUCUGGGAGCCCGCGGGCCGAGAAGCGCUGCGGGUUGGGAGACCCGCGCCUGCGACUCAGGAUUCCAAAGUUGGAAAUAACAGGACAGAGGACCUGGUGCAACUCCCCUUUGUCUUACAAAUAAGGAAAUUGACACCUUGCAAGAUUACCUGUGGAACAUAAACAAUGGAUUCCUUGGACCAUAUGCUGACGGAUCCCCUGGAACUGGGUCCAUGUGGAGAUGGCCAUGGCACACGUAUCAUGGAGGACUGCCUCCUGGGGGGCACCAGGGUUAGUCUGCCUGAGGACCUUCUGGAGGAUCCUGAGAUAUUCUUUGAUGUAGUCAGCCUCUCAACAUGGCAAGAAGUAUUGAGUGACUCUCAACGUGAACACCUCCAGCAGUUUCUGCCUCACUUCCCUGAAGACAGUUUUGAGCAGCAAAAUCAGCUCAUUCUGGCCCUGUUUAGUGGGGAGAACUUCCGCUUUGGGAACCCUCUGCACAUUGCCCAGAAGCUUUUCCGAGAUGGACACUUCAACCCGGAGGUGGUCAAGUACCGGCAGCUGUGCUUUAAGUCCCAGUAUAAGCGCUACCUCACCUCCCAGCAGCAGUAUUUCCAUAGGCUGCUGAAGCAGAUCCUGGCUUCCCGGAGUGACCUACUGGAGAUGGCCCGACGGAGCGGCCCAGCCCUUCCCUUCCGCCAGAAGCGUCCUUCACCCUCCCGUACCCCUGAGGAGCGGGAGUGGCGGACCCAGCAGCGCUACUUGAAGGUGUUGAGGGAAGUAAAGGAGGAGUGUGGCGACACGGACCUGUCGUCUGAUGAAGAGGCCACGUUGGAUUUACAAGAAAAAUUUUCUUUUGAAGAUCUCAGCUCAUGGCUUCCGAGCUCUCCAGCGCGUUCUCCUAGCCCUGCGGUGCCCCUGAGGGUGGUGCCCACGCUUUCAACCACGGAUAUGAAAACUGCAGAUAAAAUAGAACUGGGGGACAGUGACCUGAAGAUAAUGUUAAAGAAGCACCAUGAGAAGCGGAAACAUCAGCCAGAUCAUCCGGACCUUUUGACAGGGGACCUGACUCUCAGUGACAUCAUGACUCGAGUAAAUGCCGGCAGGAAGGGCUCUCUAGCAGCCCUAUAUGACUUGGCUGUCCUUAAAAAAAAGGUGAAGGAAAAAGAGGAGAAGAAGAAGAAGAAAAUAAAACUGAUCAAGUCAGAGGCAGAGGAUUUGGCUGAACCCUUAAGCACCGCUGACGGGAUCCCACCUCUCUCCCAGGCCCCUUCUCCACUGGCUAUACCUGCUAUCAAGGAGGAGCCUCUUGAAGACCUCAAGCCUUGCCUUGGAAUCAAUGAAAUAUCCUCCAGUUUCUUCUCUCUUUUAUUAGAGAUCUUGCUGCUAGAGGGGCAGGCUAGCCUUCCUAUGCUGGAGGAACGGGUUUUGGAUUGGCAGUCCUCUCCAGCCAGCUCCCUCAAUAGCUGGUUCUCUGCCGCCCCCAACUGGGCAGAGUUGGUGUUACCAGCCCUGCAAUAUCUUGCUGGGGAAAGUCGUGCCAUACCUUCCAGUUUCUCUGCAUUCGUUGAAUUCAAAGAGAAAACCCAGCAGUGGAAAUUGCUUGGCCAGUCCCAAGAUAAUGAAAAGGAAUUAGCUGCACUCUUCCAGCUGUGGCUAGAAACCAAAGACCAGGCUUUCUGUAAGCAAGAAAAUGAAGACAGCUCAGAUGCCACAACACCUGUUCCUCGGGUAAGAACUGACUAUGUGGUGCGGCCCAGCACGGGGGAGGAGAAAAGAGUUUUUCAGGAGCAGGAGCGUUACAGAUACAGCCAACCCCAUAAGGCGUUCACCUUUCGCAUGCAUGGCUUCGAGUCUGUAGUGGGGCCUGUGAAGGGUGUUUUUGACAAGGAGACCUCACUCAACAAGGCUCGGGAGCACUCCCUGCUGCGCUCUGACCGGCCUGCCUAUGUCACCAUCCUGUCUCUUGUUCGAGAUGCUGCGGCCCGGCUGCCUAACGGGGAAGGUACCCGGGCAGAGAUCUGUGAACUACUCAAGGACUCCCAGUUUCUCGCCCCAGAUGUCACCAGCACCCAGGUGAACACAGUAGUGAGCGGAGCACUGGAUCGGCUGCAUUAUGAGAAAGACCCAUGUGUGAAAUACGACAUUGGGCGAAAGCUGUGGAUCUACCUGCAUCGAGACCGGAGUGAGGAGGAGUUCGAGCGGAUUCACCAGGCACAGGCAGCUGCAGCUAAAGCCAGGAAAGCCCUUCAGCAAAAACCCAAGCCCCCAUCGAAGGUGAAAUCCGGUAGCAAGGAGAGUUCACUGAAGGUCCUCAGCAGUGGCCCCUCCGAGCAGAGCCAGAUGAGCCUCAGUGACUCCAGCAUGCCACCCACCCCGGUUACACCUGUGACCCCCACCACUCCGGCUUUGCCUGCCACCCCGAUCUCCCCUCCACCUGUGUCAUCAGUGAACAAAAGUGGCCCUGCUACUGUCUCAGAACCAGCUAAAUCUAGCUCAGGUGUUCUUCUGGUGUCUUCACCAACCAUGCCACAGCUAGGAACGAUGCUUUCCCCGGCUUCCAGCCAGACUCCACCAAGUUCUCAGGCCACCGCCCGCGUCGUGAGCCACUCUGGCUCAGCCGGACUACCCCAGGUGCGGGUCGUGGCCCAGCCUGGCCUUCCUACUGUGACUCAGCAGUCGGCGGGGCCGACGCAGACACUACCCCAGAUGCCGGCGGGACCACAGAUUCGCGCUCCAGCCACUGCUCCACAGACCAAAGUCAUGCCCCAGACAGUAAUGGCCACCGUUCCAGUCAAAGCCCAGAGCACGGCGGCCACUGUGCAGCGUCCUGGCCCCGGGCAGACGGGGCUCACGAUGACAAGUCUCCCUGCCACAGCCAGCCCCGCAAGCAAGCCAGCCACGAGUUCUCCCGGGAGCUCUGCUCCGAGUGCUUCCACGGCUGCUGUCAUUCAGAAUGUCACAGGACAGAACAUCAUCAAGCAGGUGGCCAUCACAGGGCAGCUUGGUGUGAAGCCCCAGACGGGCAACAGCAUUCCGCUCACAGCCACUAACUUCUGCAUCCAGGGUAAGGAUGUCUUGCGUCUGCCGCCCUCUUCCAUCACCACGGAUGCCAAAGGCCAGACAGUUUUGCGAAUCACUCCGGACAUGAUGGCCACAUUGGCCAAGUCCCAGGUCACCACAGUCAAAUUGACCCAGGACCUCUUUGGGACAGGAAGCGGCACUGCGGGCAAAGGCAUUUCUGCUACCUUACACGUCACUUCCAAUCCGGUUCAUGCCACGGAGAGCCCUGCCAAGGCCAGUUCGGCCAGUGCCCCUUCAUCCACUCCGACAGGUACUACCGUGGUUAAAGUGACUCCUGACCUCAAGCCAACAGAAGCCUCAAGUUCAGCUUUCCGCUUGAUGCCGGCACUCGGUGUGAGUGUGGCAGACCAGAAGGCGAAAAACACAGUGGCUUCUUCUGAAGCGAAACCGGCUGCCACGAUCCGCAUUGUGCAGGGCCUGGGAGUGAUGCCCCCCAAAGCAGGCCAGACCAUCACAGUUGCGGCCCAUGCCAAGCAAGGGUCCUCAGUGGCCGGUGGGUCUGGAACUGUCCAUACUUCAGCGGUGUCCUUGCCCAGUAUGAAUGCUGCUGUGUCCAAGACUGUGGCUGUGGCUUCUGGGGCUGCAAGCACCCCCAUCAGCAUCGGGACAGGAGCCUCUGCCGUGCGGCAGGUCCCUGUCAGCACCACGGUGGUUUCCACGUCCCAGGCUGGGAAGCUGCCUACGCGGAUCACGGUUCCACUGUCUGUUAUUAGCCAGCCUAUGAAGGGCAAAAGUGUGGUCACGGCCCCCAUCAUCAAAGGCAACCUUGGUGCCAACCUCGGUGGCUUGGGCCGCAAUAUCAUUCUCACCACCAUGCCAGCGGGUACUAAGCUCAUUGCUGGCAAUAAGCCUGUGAGUUUCCUCACUGCCCAGCAGUUGCAGCAGCUUCAGCAACAAGGUCAGGCCACACAGGUGCGCAUCCAGACUGUGCCUGCAUCCCAUCUUCAACAGGGGACAGCUUCGGGUUCCUCCAAAGCAGUCUCCACUGUCGUUGUGACCACAGCUCCAUCUCCUAAACAGGCACCUGAACAGCAGUGAUUCGGGGCGAGAGAAGCGGUGUCCGUGCACGCGCGCACCUGGUCUGCCCUCCUGGCCGAGAAGAAGGGACCAGAGAGGGGGCAUCGUUCUUCUCAGCUUGUCUGGUUAGGGAAGGCCGGCAGUGGGGUGAUGGCAUCAGUGGCCUGGAAUCUUCUUCCACACUCCGCGGCGGAGCACACCGAGAAAAGUCCCCUCCAGGCUUCCAAGGGCUGUUCUGUUCUGAUCCGGGAGAAGCUCCUCUCUCAGGGUUGGGUGAGGUCAUCGUUGGGCCCCACAAGCCCCAGUUCUCUUCUGGAGAGCCAGACACCGGGGGAAGGCUCAUAGCCGCAGAGCGUGCACACCGGCAGGAAGCCUCGUUCUCUGUGGGGAUUGGGUUUUUUAGCUUCUGCUCUUCUCUGUGACUAGUGGUCUAGAUAGGAGUUUUUGUGUCCAGAAAUUUUUAUGUAACUUAUUUUUUUAAGGAACCUGUUGUACAUCUUUAUCCAAUAGAAACCUGGGCUUUAGCCCUCUCCCCCCAACCCCGUCCCCCAAACUGAUUACUUAUUCUUCUGACCAGAAUGAGAGAAUAGCAGGAUUCUUAGUAAGUUGGUGGCUGACUUGAUCACUGCAUAGUAAUGGGGAGGCUGUAAGGUGGGCAGGGAACCCUAGGGAACGAGAGAGUACGGGUUCCCCGAAAUGGGAUGAGUUUGGCACCGCCUCAUAAAGAUGAGGUAUUGGCAUCUUGAUUGUGGUCCAUAUCUUCACCUGCUGACUUUGUCGUCCUUGUCAAGCCUGUUUACACCAAAGUCCAGAGCCAGUGGACAGAGUAGGCAAGCACCAGCAGAGAUGCUGCUUUUGCAGCUCAGAACUUACUGUGGUUCAGAGAUUAUGUUCUGCUUUGCUCCAGAGCAAGAGUCUGCAAACCACAGCCCUGGGGCUGGCUACCAGUUUUUGUAAAUAAAGUCUUCUUGGAACACAGCCCCUGGCCAUUUGUCUAUGUAUUAUCUAUGGCUGCUUUCAAUUUGAAGGCAGACCUGAGUCAUUGCCAUAGAGUCCAUAUGGCCCUUAGGCCUAAAAUAUUUACGUCCUUAGGUCGUUUAGGUAAAACUUUGCUGACUUCUGCUCCAGAGUAGAGAGGGCAAGAAGAGAGUGGGUGUGCGCACCAGGCGGCUCGGUCACAGGAGAGGUCAGUUGGGAUUUACCUGUCCUUUCAUCCUGGCUGUGUCCCCCUUCUGAGCCUCUACCAAGCUCUAGGCAGAGCUCUGAACGAUACUGGAAAAUGUCAUAAGUGAGUAAAGCCCUGGUUGUUAACAACAUAGGCCUCUUUUGUACGGGAGCGGGGGUUGGAUGGUGGAGCUUUCCUGCAGGGUCAGAGCUUCCCUGUUUCUCUUGAGAGUGUCCAGAUUAUUAAAAAUGUGUCUUUAAUCUGUGGAAAUUCAGAGAUGAUCUUUUAUUUUUUUUUUCUGGCGAGGAAGUGGAGUUGGGCAGAAAAUUUCUGUCGCCUAGUGUAGAGGGGGUUGCCAGGUGGCUGCUGAGUGAUGAGACAGGCUGCAGAGGAGCAGGGAAGGUCAGAGUGGCUGGUGGCUUUCUAGACAUCGCAUUUGAUUCUUGAAGCAGUUCUGUAAAAUAGACCGCAUUAUCCCUCUUCUGACUUCUCAUCCCUGUGACAGAUUGCAGGUCUGAGUUGGGGUUAAAGAGAAGCAAGAUGUAAAUCCAGUCUUCUGAUCCUUUCUGCUGCCUUCUUAGGGGAGGGUGGCUGUGAUGUGUCUUGCCAAGAGGUGGGGACAGUUGGAAUUGGGGGGGGUAAGCCCAGGUUACAGAGUGCCGAGGUGAAGUGGCUGAGGGGUGACUGAGCUUUUGCUGGUAGUAGGGGGCUGGCACAGAAGUCAGACGGGGAAGGGGGAGAGGUAGGAACUGCCAUGAAGGAGAAGAAUGGCCUUUUAGCUGAGUAGAGGAGAGGGCAUCUGUCCUUUCCAGCACUUUGAUAUUUGCACGUCAUUGCUUCCUAGAGUCACAUUUCACAUGAAGAGUCCGAGUGACAGUUUCUAAAUGAGAAAACGGUAGACAUUUGAGGGAUCCUGUCUCAGGUAUUUAUUGCUGGUUAAAACAAACCCUUCUCAAAGUUACUUAACAAGUGAUUGCAUGAAAGUAGUUCCGACAUUCAGCCCUGCCCCACUCUUUUAUUUACUGAAGUCACCUGGCUGUGUCUGUCUCCUUAGUGCCUGGAGACAUUUACCUGCCCGCUCAGAGAACAGGGAUAUUUCAGGAUGCUAGUGUGGGACUGGCUCCCUGCUGAGUACGAUUUGGUACCGCCUAGCCUGUCGGUGGAGUGCUGAGGAAGGGCAGCCGCUGCUGGAGUUGUUCAAGGGAUGUCAGCAACAUUUGCUUCAGACAUGGUCCUCGGAUACAGACCUCAAGGGUCUUGUAGAGAUGUGGGAGCUAUGGCGGAUGUUUUGGGGGAACAUGCCCAGAAGAACUUGUGGGAGCCCUUGAGCCUCUGCACCUAAGGUUCAGAGGUUGGUAAAAUUAUUCAGACCGUGUGCCUGAGACUGGAUUUGGUGACUAGCACUGUGAUGGGUUUGUACAUUAAUACCACAUCUAAGAAGGUUUUCCUCCAGGAUUGAUCAGUUCCAUGAAGGUAUCCCAAACUGUGCUACGAAAGGGGCAUCACAAUAAGUUUCAGUGUUGCCUGUCUGAUCUUCACACCUCAACCCCUCACUCUGCAGAAAAUACAUUUCCUCGCCGUGUGCUGCACUACCCCACCCUGUCCACCCGCAGCAAUCUUUACGACGAAAGGAACAUUGUGAAUAGGUUCCUUACCCCCCACCUCCAGUCUCUUCGGGGAAAGAACGUGUUUUAUGUUAAUUGCUCAUAGUGGGUCCUCCAGUACUUAACUGAAUGGACGUUUGGGUUCCUACUUAGCAGGCAAACGAAAUUGGAUCCUGAAAGGGCCCCACAGGUUCUCUUCUCAUAAUUAAAUCCCAUUUUCAAGUAGCUAAUUCUUAACCCCUGAGGUGUGACUUCAGCACUGAAAUGCUAGCUAACUGUGGGAGGUCAGUUCUCACGUAAGUACAGCAUUUCUGCCGAAGAGCACAUGGUGCUGAGUGUCGAAGAUCUCUGCCGUAUCUGUGUGAAGUAGCUGGGGGGGGGGGGGGGGGCUCUAUUGAGAAGUAAGCUGGCUUUGGAGUCCUGAAGGCUGGCUUUGCGACUUCGUAGCUCUGUGACCUUUGGCUCAUCAACUUCUCUGCAGAACUGAAUGUGCUUCCAUUAUUGGUGGUGGUGUGACUCACAUGGGACACAGUGCCUGUCAGUGUGUGUGAGGUGCUGUACACACGAAUGGUAUGUUGGUCUGGAAGACCUUUCCAGUUUGUCCUAGCCCACUUCUGUCAGUUUGUGGAACUUAACUAACUCUCCGUGUUCCUUCAUGAUUUCAUGGUCUCUGUGCUUCCUGUUCUCUCUGCCCGGAACGUGUUUCUCCAGGGCAGACUCCCCAUCUCCUCCCCUCCCUCGCAUUCAUGGUAGUUGUACUUACCCCUUAUGGCACCAGUGACCCUGUAGGUAACUGCA